UAGUGUAUGUUCGAAAUCCUCCACAAUUAUCUUAUAUAGUAAAAAUAUAAAAACAAAUUGUUAUUUGGUAUGUCAAAAAUCUUAAAGAUUCUACUUGGCAAAAGUUGUUGAGAUUUGACAUGACUUUGAGAGAAUUGCGAGCUAAGAGAACAGUAUGCGAAAGGAGGUUGGCCUUGCUUGUCGAUAGGCACGUGAAUCGUGGAAGUAAUAAAUAAAUUGAACACAAAAACAAAGCAACUAUUACAAUGACGGCAAAGAGAAGAGGACAUCAACAGAGAACAGUCUGCCGCUUUAAUAGUGGGUGUUGCGACCCGGUGUAGUAUGCGCAGAUCGCCCACUAUGUACAGAUGUACCAUAGGCAAAAGCAUGAGAGAACACAGUGCAGCUAGUGAAAAGAGAGAUAGUCUAUGCGGAGAUGGACCAUCGCUUGAUGUCACGGUUAGGUUAGGUUAGGUUAGGUUAGGUUAGGUUAGGUCAGGUCAUCCAUCACACGCACAGUCGACUCCCUUCUCAUCAGCACAGAGGAAAGAAACACUACUUCAUGCUUAUUCCGUGGUCUGAACCUCAAACUUCUAAAAAAUAUUUUUGAUACCUCGAUUUUUGAUAUCUAAAUAGAAGAUUAAUGUUUUUCAAAGUAGGCUCACCUUAAUGGUAAUUGGAAAUACAGUAUUGAUAUAAAUAUCGAUGAUAUCGGCUUCAGAAUAUCGAUACUCAAUAUUCGGCCACUCAUCGGCUGAUGCCUUGUGGCUUGCUCGUUGGUUGGCUGUAGUUGCCUUUGCCUGUCUGCCAUUUUGGAUUGCUGUGUAGUAUUUGCUGAUCGUUGUGCGUUCAUUGUGGAUUGGGACUAUAUUAUUCGAAGCAGCUAUGUUAUUUGCUGUGAUUGAGUUUGAGAAAAACUCAGGUGAAGGAUUAGCUAUUAUUCGUGAAGAGUGGAUGACUCCAAGAAAAAAAGAGUGCUUUUGGCCUCCUUAUAAGAAUUCGAUUGCAUUCAAUAAAUGCCUGUUAAAUUCGAAAGAUACACAUGAAGAAACUUGGCCCCUCUAUGAGAUGAAGAGAGUUUUUUAUAGAACAGAUGAUAUUCGGAAAGCUAGAGAGAAGUUGAGGAAAGCAGAAUCAGAUUCUGAAGUUCUCACUGAAUUUGAUGAAGGUGGAAAAGAAAAGCGAAAAAGAAGACCGGUAAAGAAAAUACUAUCCAGUAGUGACAGUGAAGAUGAAGCUCCGGUUACAAAACAAAUUAAAUAUCCAGAACCACCUUCAGAACUACUUGUUGAUGUAGAAGCUCAACACAUCCUGACAACGAAUGGGCUCGAUGUUCUUGCAGGCCAUUUGGCAAGAAUAAAUAGAAGAUUGGAUGAUAUUGAAAAGAAUCAGAGUGAAAUUUUAGCAAGGUUGUGUCCAACAAAGCCUGCUAUGAACAUUAUUCCUCCUGAUAUAAAACUCCCCUGCGAAACAUUGGACAAGAUUAGUGACUUGAAAGAUUGGUUGCUGGACGACACUAAUAAACAAUCUUUGAUCACAAUUUUGAGUCUUCUGGGUGGGAAAAAAGUUGGAAGAGUUGUGCGCAAUAUACUUGAAAAGAUUUUCACCAAUGAUGUUGCCGAACUUUUCAAUUGGACAGGCAGACACAGCAAACGCUGUUUGAGAGAUUUGGCUGUGAUGAAACUCAUACCUGGUGCUGUAAGGAAACAAAAAAACUUAUCAAGUGCUACGGAUGAUGAAAUAAAUACCAACAUUGCAAAUUGGUUCAGAUUUUCGAAGGAUAGAAAUGGAGGACGAGAGCAAAGACGAAAGGACAAGCCAAGACAAGAUCACCAGGACCAGCAGAGACAGUAAAAAAUACCAUGGUUUAUCAAAAAGAACUAAUUACAGAAAGUUAGCAAAAGAAAAACAAAAAAUCAAACAACAGUUACUUGAAUUGUGCACAAUCUGAAAAUAGCACUCAUGAAUCCCAUGAUAACUCACUUGAUAUCUCAAAUCAAUUUGAUAAUUUAUCAGGAAGUAAAGAAAGUUUUCCAUACAGUUCCAGUUCUGAUAGUAGUAUAAGUAGUGAUGUUUCAAAUUAUUCUGACAAUAGGGACACUAAUCAUUAUUAAACGAAAAUCCAAAGUAAAUUCUGUAAACCAGACUUCUGCUUGUGCAAAUAUUGACGACAGGGUGAACAUAUAGAUGGAAAUUUGAUAACAGCUUCUAUCCAAAAAUUAUUACAUCAUGCAGGACUUGCAAAUAAUUUUUAGAUAGUAGCUCUCAUCGAAUUUCGUUCCAGCCGUUCAUCCUGUUGUCAAUAUUUGCAGUAGCAGAAGUCUUCGGGGUGUUUUACAGCAUUUAACUCUGAAUUAUCGUUUACUAAUAAUUAUUUAUUCAUUAGCAUUUGAACAAAUGCAAUUUCUCAUUUUCUCCAUCUGUAAUUUAUCAAAUGUAAUUGUAAUGUAAAUGCAGUUGUAAUGUAAUUUUUCAAAUAGAACAAUGUGUCAUGUGAUACAUAAUUGAUUUGUAAUUUUAAGUGAAAAUGAAUGGCGAAAACAGCCAUUCAAAAAUCGCAGCUGUCGGUAUGUCAUAUUAUUAUUUUUAUGGCACAUUGUCAGUCAAUUUUUGAACCUUGAAUUAUGUUCCCUGUAUUAAUCUUUGUAUGUUCUGUUUUUUUUUCAAGAUAAAAUAUUAUUUUAAAAUUUAUCAAUGUUGUACCACGCAUAUUAUAUUAUUUCACAUUAAAAUUAAGUAUGAUAAUAAUAAUAAUUGUUUUAUUGUACGUUAAUAUAAUAUCAUCUACCUUUAAAAUAGUAAACUUAUAGUAAUUGUUGAGGGCGCAUUACUGCAAAAAGGAUUUGAAAAAAAAUAUUUAUAUGAGUGCUCAUGCAGUCAGAGAGCAGUUCUGUGAGGGAUCUACAUGAGUCUCUAAAUAUAUUGGUCUAAGGUUACUGUAUUUAAAUAUUAUUUGCAGGUAUGUACGUAAGACUGCAGUAGAAUUAAUCCAAUUUACCAGACUGUCCUGACAUCUUUGAAUAAAUAACUGUCACUCACCAUCUGUCAAAUUGGAUUAAUUCUACUGCAGGUACCUAUAUACCUGCAAAUAAUAUUCAAAUGCAACAUUGUCAAUUGGUUGGCCCAAUGUAAUAUCUUAUGUUGGCCCAAUGUAAGUGAACUGGUUGUUGGCCCUUCAUAUAUACACUUUUGAUGGCCCAACAUUGUUAUAAGGUUGGUUGGCCAACUGUUGGCAAUUCAAACCACAGGCCAACUGAGGAUGACAACCAAUUUUCAACGUUGGGCCAACCU